AUGGACAGUGCUGUGCUGUUUGAUGCUGGGAAGAAAGGUCGAGGCCUGAGGGCCACCAAAGAGCUCAACACUGGGGAUGUGAUCUUCGCAGAGCCCAGUUUCUCUGCUGUGGUCUUCGACAGACACAGAUCUGGUAGCAUAGUGUCAGAGCCUUAUAAGAGCGAGGAGCUCCAGAAUGUUGGCUCACCGAAUGGGUCCAACACAGCAGGCAUGCACCAAGAGGAUCUGCCCAAUGUCAGCCAGGAGCUGUCCAAAACUACAGAGAGAGAAGAGCUUCAAGAUUUAAUCAGUGGCCACACUAACUGGUUCAUAUCUAUCCAUAUCCCCCUGUCCAGCCUGGCAGCUCGUGUGCUGUGGCGUAUGCACAAGGACACAGGCAUUGUGUCAGACAGUCAGCUGGUCUCAGUGGACCAGCUGGAGGACCAUGUGGCCGACAUGUCCCAAGAAGAACUCAAAAAGCUCCAGACUGAUGUGCACAACUUCCUGGAAUACUGGUCUUACGGAAGGAAGCAGCACUCUGUCGACUACAUCUCACACAUCUUUGGGAUUAUCAAGUGUAAUGGAUUUACACUGAGUGACCAGAGAGGUCUGCAGGCCGUUGGUGUGGGUCUUUUCCCCAACCUGUGUCUGGCCAACCAUGACUGCUGGCCCAACUGCACCGUCAUCCUCAACAAUGGAAACCAGUCAGCUUUAAGUUCUGCUCUCCACUCUCAGAGGAGGAUUGAGCUGCGGGCUCUUAGGAAAAUCGCUGAGGGUGAGGAGCUGACCGUCAGCUAUGUGGACUCCCUCAACCUGUCUGCUGACCGCCAGAAGAAGCUGAAGGAGCAUUUCUACUUUGAGUGCACCUGUGAGCACUGCAGCAAGCACAUCAAUGAUGACCUGAUGGCAGCUGCUGCAGACAGCGAAGGGGCCAAACCCUCAGCCGAUACAGUGAAACAGGUGACAGCCUUCAGUGAAGAGUGUCUGCAGAAGAUUGAGAAGUCCCGUAUUGAGGGGAAUUACCACGAGGUGUUGAAGUUGUGUCACGAGUGUCUGGAGAAGCAGGAGAACGUCCUGGCUGACACUCACCUCUGUAAGCUGCGUGUGCUCAGUGUUGUCAGUGAGGUGCUGUCAUACAUGAAGGUCUUCUCUGAGGCUGCAGACUACGCCCGCAGGAUGGUGGAGGGAUACACGAAGUUGUACCACCCCAAUAACGCCCAGCUGGGGAUGGCCAUCAUGCGGGCAGGUGUCACCCACUGGCAUGCAGGGCAGAUUGAGGCGGGCCACGGGUUGAUCUGCAAGGCCUAUGGCAUCCUCCUGGUAACCCAUGGACCCAACCACGCCAUUACCAAAGACUUGGAGACCAUGCGCACGCAGACUGAGAUGGAGCUAAAGAUGUUCAAGCAGGAUGAGUCUGUGUAUAUGACCAUGAGAGACGCCGCUCUGAAGAAGCAAUAACCUCCUUCAUGGCUAAUAUUCCUGUCCCUGCUGAUGUUCUGAUGCCCGUCUUAACUGUGCAAUGACAUGUACACACAAUGUCCACUAAAGCACUGCACCCAGUCCCUGCGCUGAGUCUCUGAAUCACUGGUGUGUCUGACGAUACGCUGUACUGUUUAAAGCAGCAGAUGUAACACAACAUGAACAGUAUCUACAAUAAAAGUGGAGAUACAUGUGU